AUGACCUCCUUCGCUGCCCUCUCCGCAGCCCUCCCCCACGCCAUCAAGGCCCGCAACACUACCUCCACCGACACUGGCAGCAGUGGCAGCGGCGGCGUCACCAUCCACAACAACCUCGAAGGCUCCGUCUACGCGUGGUCUGUCUCCAAUAGCGCUGGUGACAUGAAGACCCUUUCUGCGGGCGGCGGCUCUUACCAGGAAUCGUGGCGCGAGAACAGCAAUGGCGGCGGUGUCUCCAUCAAGCUGUCCACCGAGCCCAACCAGGACGACGUCCUGCAGUUCGAGUACACCCAGUCUGGCGACACCAUCUUCUGGGACAUGUCGUGCAUCAACAUGGGCACCGACUCCAAGUUCACCAAGUACGGCUUCACCGUCGAGCCCUCCGAGACCAGCACCAACUGCCCCUCUGUCAACUGCAAGGCUGGCGACUCGCAGUGUGCUGAGGCUUACUUGCAGCCUAAGGACGACCACGCUACUCACGGCUGCCCUAUCAACACUCAGUUCACCGUGAACAUUGGCAACUAA